CCUGCACCUGCAACUGGAACCAAGGCUGUGCCUGGGACAAACUGGAGCCUCCGUGCCUACAGCUGGGCUGGGAGCAAGGGAAUGGUGACCCAACAAAGACAGAGCAAGUGAAAGAAGAUUGGAGCACAGCUGGGAGCCAUCCUGUGUGCGUGGCAGGACACCAGCACUGAGCAGCAGCUUUUCCCAAGCAGCUGAGCCCUCAGCUCCUGGGGAAGAUGAGUAUUCCAUUGGAGCACAAGCCCCUCGGGAAGCAGCUCACCGGCAGCCUGCACACGUUGUCACCAAUUGUGGAGUUAAAUGUGGGCGGGGAGAUGUACACGACAACGCUGAGCACCUUGAAGAAGCACCCUGGCUCCAAGCUGGCAGAGAUGUUCACCGGCCAGCCCAAACUCAGGACUGACUCCGAAGGGAGGUUCUUCAUCGACAGGCCGGGCACCUACUUCAAAUACAUCUUGGAGUACCUGCGCAGUAACCAGGUGCCCACGCAGUGCAUCCAGGACGUCUACAAGGAGGCGUUGUUCUACGACAUCGAGCCUUUGAUCAAGCAGCUUGAGGACUCCCCCCAGAUCUUUGGGGAGCUCGUGGCGAGGAGGCAGUUUCUGGCUCGUGUGCCCAGCUACAGUGAGAACAUUGAGCUGAUGAUCCACAUCGCGAGGGCAGAGGCAGCUGCAUCCCGACAGUCCAGCGUCAUCGUGUGUGUGGUCAGAACUGAGGAGGAUGCAGCGAGGUGUCAGGACGCCUUGAACAGUUUGGACAUGGAUAAAAAACCCGUGGUGAAGUUUGGCCCCUGGAAGGCUGUGCCAAGUAUUUCUGAUCUGCUGGACUGCAUUCAAAUGGAUGUUGAAGCCAAAGGGUAUAAAAUAUCCUUUCAGCCCCACGUUGCUGACAAAGGUUUUCGUAUCAAGUCGCACGACUUCUUCUACAAGUUCCUGUUCACCUGGUGGUAGCAAAGUGCCACCAUGGAUAGGGAAUGUUAGAAAGCAAUUAUUGGAACAAAUGAACCUGGGCUGUGGAGACUAAACCAUGGGCUACCAGAGGGACAGGAAGAAACAUGCAGGCUAACGAAAGGAUCUCCUUUGGCUGUUUGCCAUAUCAAAGAGCACUUAAGAGCCACUUUACUUGGGUUUUAGGGGAUUUAAAAGGCUUCAGGAAAAGGAGGAAUUUUACUCUUCACUGUUGCUUACUAUUCAUUCAGUUCAGAGAGAUGGCUCUGCGAAUUGAGCCAACCUCACUCAACCUAAGGGAAAUGAACAAUGCCAAAUAUGUCUCAUGGACAUGUAGAGUUACUCUCUCUGUGGAAAUGGGAACAGACCACAACUGUGCAAAUCCUGACUGAAACAGUGACAUUACUCUGACAUGACUCGAGUCCCAUGCUCAAAUUACAUUUGGUUUCUUAAUGAGAAGGCAAAAGCUAUUCUUCUCCCUCCUUUCUACACUAGAAUCUCAGCUAAAAGGAAGGAUUCUGUGUCCUAUGAUCUUUUCUUAUUCCUCCAGUAGACAGCCUACUCUCUAGUCAAUGUAUUUAUUACUAAUAUUCAUUAUUUGUUCUGGAGGAAAGACAGAGAGCCUCAGCUAUGGUCCAGGACCAGCAAAAGACAAAAAUACCAUCACUGAUGUGAGGAGUUUAUAAUCUAAGGACAUGCACUCCUUUUUCAGACCACACAAUCUUAAUCUCUUUCUUAUGACACUCAUUAUUACAAUGAUGCUAUUUCUAACUAUAUAAGCUUCUGGAAGAACUGGGAAAACCCACCAUGAUUUGGUGGGAAGUAAGUGGUACUGAAACAACAGCCUGCAAAUUCUCUUUUACAGAACACAAGUUGCAUUCUACAUGGUGUUUAAAAAGUCUUAGAAUUUGAAAGUUUAUUUUUAUACUGGAGAUGGCUUGGGUUUAAUCGCUCUGAAAAUAAUAAUGGCUGAUUUGAUAAAGAUCAUAUUUCCUUCUCAGAAGAUGGAUUUCUUCCAGUUAAGGACAAUAACCACAGAAUCACAGAAUGGUCCCUGGGAUUUCAAAGAAAUAACUUUUAGAUUUUUUUUGAAUGAUGCAGAAGUGCUUUAUUUACUGACGUUUUCCCCUCAAGAUCCCCAGAUUCUAAAGACCUGAAGUUUUGUCUAUAGGGUAACAGAUUUGAAUCAUUCCUAAUUAAGCUGUGUUUCAGAUGUGCUUAUCCUAGCAUGGACCUCCCCUGAGUGACAGGCAUGAGUCACUCCAUGGACUGCAGGGCAGUUGUGCAGAAGGUGUGAAGGGACUCUGAGAUCUCCCACAUUCAUAAGCUUGGUCAGAAUGGACACAGUCAGUGUCUGAGAGGACAAAAAGGUUUAGGAAAUAGGCUCUUUUGAUCAUAAUCAAGUGUUUGGUGGUGCUCAGCCUGGAAGAAGAGAGAUUGAGGGGGCCUCCCAAUAGACAAAAGGCUGCUUUAAAGAGACCUAUUACACUUUGUACAUACUAAGGGUGGGUGUCAUAGGUUAGCAAGCAUAGUCCUGGAAGGGAUGUCCUUGCUAAGGGGUGCUUACAGCUUCCUCUGGGAAC